AUGGCAAAGAAGGCCAAGUCACGCAUUAUCAAUGUGCGCCUCCUCUCCAUGGCCAUGACGGGCUACUUCUACACCUUCACCCGCGCGCGGACGGCCCUGCCCAUGAGCAUGAUCAAAUACGACCCUAUCAGUACGAACCCCCCGCCCGAAAUCCAUAUCCCCCCAUUGAACACCCCUCCUCCGAAUCCCCAAAAGAAUACAGUCAAGGACAGCUCGGGAAUGAAAGAGAGGUAG